AUGGAUUUGGAGGAGACAUGCAAAGAGGGAGAGGACACAGAGGGGAAAAUUACACGAGCUGCAGCUGCAAAGUUGGUGAAAAAAACUUUUCUUGAAGCCCUGAAGUCCAAUGACUUUGAAACACUGGAAGAGCUGUUGAGCCAAAAGAAAAUAGACGUGGACACAGUGUUUGAAGUGGAAGAUGAAAACCUGAUUCUGGCAUCCUACAAACAAGGGUACUGGCUUCCCAGCUACAAAUUAAAAAUAUCCUGGGCAACUGGACUUCAUAUAGCUGUCAUGUAUGGCCAUCUGGAGAGUCUUUUGGUCCUCCUCAAUCACAAAGCUACAAUCAACUGCCGGCCCAAUGGGAAAGCUGCCAUCCACAUAGCCUGUGAAAUGGCAAAUGUGGAGUGUCUCAAGAUCCUUUGCAACCACGGGGCUAAGCUGAACUGCUUUUCAAUGAGCGGGCAGGCGCCCUUGCACUUCUGUACCACACGAACCUCCAUGCCUUGUGCCCAGCAGCUGCUUUGGAGAGGAGCAAAUGUGAACAUAAGAACAAACAACAAAGACGAGGAGACGCCUCUGCACGUGGUUGCACGUUUGGGUGUCCCAGAGCUCGUGGCCUUUUACGUGGAGCAGGGAGCACAGGUAGAUGCUCUCAAUGCCUACAUGGAGACCCCCCUGGCCUGUGCAGCCUACUGGGCCCUUCACUACAAGGAUCAGAUAUACAGCCAGGACCACCACCUCGUCUGUCGGAUGCUCCUAGACUAUAAAGCUGAAGUGAACGCUCGUGAUGAGGAUUUCAAAUCACCACUCCACAAAGCUGCCUGGAACUGUGAUCACGUCCUGCUGCACAUGCUGCUGGAGGCAGGAGCAGAAGCAAACAUCAUGGAUGUCAAUGGCUGUGCACCCUUACAGUAUAUCAUAAAAGUGACAUCUGUGAGGCCAGCUGCUCAGCCAGACAUCUGCUACCAGCUGCUACUGAACCAUGGAGCAGCUAGGAUAUACCCUCUGCAAUUCCACAAGGUGCUGCAAGCCUGUCAUUCCCACCCCAGAGCUGUGGAGGUAGUUGUCAACUCCUAUGAACACAUCAAAUCCACAUCUAAGUGGAAAGCAGCCAUACCUGAGGAUGUCUUGGAGCGGCACCAGGAUUUCUAUGACUCUUUGUUCACUGUGUGCAGCAAUUCCCCACGGUCACUGAUGCACUUAUGCAGAUGUGCUAUUCGGGCAAUAUUGUCAGAAAAGUGCCAUCGAGAAGUCCCCUUGCUCUCCAUCCCUCUGUCCAUGAAGAGGUACUUGCUGCUGGAACCAGAAGGAAUCAUCUACUGA